AAUCUAUCAUAUUCAUCAUCAAUUCUGCAAUUCAUCAUCUUUCAAGGACCCCGUGAAAUUUCCCAUACCAAAUUUAGCAAUCUUACGAAAUCAAAUUUCCGUAAAACUUACCCAAUUUUAUUCCCGAAUAUUAAAAUACAAUAAAAAUUCACCAAAUUUCUUUGAUUAUUUUUAACAAAAACAAGGGAAAAAAAAUGCCUGCUCUACAGCUACUCCUCCGGCGUACGAUAGUCUCUGCCGCCGCCGUAAACCCACCGCCGGCGUCACUGGCAAAGCCAUCUCUACCCAACAUAGUGUAUUGCGUUGGCGGCGGAGGAGGAGGGAAAUGGAGCACGUUAGCAAAAAAGAGGGGCGCGUGUUUAGGAGUUGCGUGUGCGCACGUUAAGGGGCUAACCACAACCACAACCACAACAAAAAUAAAACCAAUGAUAAUAGGCAACAAUAACAAUAAUAGGAAAAGGGUAUUUAUGCUUUCUUCUUCCUCUUCACCUUCUUCUCCAAUCUCUUCUUCAUCUGAGGAGAGAGAAAGUGGGAGUAGCAGUGAAGGAGGAGAGAGAUUGAAUAGUAGGGUUUCCGCUACCGGUUCUGGUUCCGCUUCUAAUAUUUUAAAGCCGCUGGCUGAAAUGGGUGAUGAGAAUAAGCGACACGACGGCGAUUGGCAUCGGAACGGCGCCGUUUUACCCUCAGAUGAUAAAGAUCAGAAGCAAAAGGAAAAGGAUUGUUCUUCCACCAAAUUGUUGACAUUGCCCACUAUUUUAACCCUUGCUCGUGUUGCCGCCAUUCCCGUUUUUAUUGGAACAUUCUACGUGAAUAGUUGGUGGGGAGCAGCUGCCACAACCAGUUUAUUUGUUGCUGCAGCAAUCACAGAUUGGCUCGAUGGUUACCUUGCCAGAAAGAUGCAACUAGGUUCGGCAUUUGGGGCUUUUCUAGAUCCGGUAGCUGAUAAGCUUAUGGUUGCUGCCACAUUGGUCUUAUUAUGUAGCAGACCUCCUGAAAUUGCCUUAUUCGGAGAUACUCCAUGGCUAUUUCCAGUACCAGCCAUUGCCAUAAUUGGGAGAGAGAUAACCAUGUCCGCUGUUAGGGAAUGGGCUGCUUCUCAAGAUGCUAAGCUUCUUCAGGCUGUUGCUGUAAAUAAUUUAGGCAAGUGGAAAACUGCAACCCAGAUGACUGCACUUACUUUUAUCUUGGCUACUCGAGACAGCAGUUUUGUUGCAAGCCAAGGGGCUCUGGCAAUUUCUGGUGUUGCUCUGCUCUAUAUUUCAGCUGGUCUUGCAGUAUGGUCACUAGUAGUAUAUAUGAAGAAAAUAGGGAAGGUGUUAUUGAGAUAAUAAUAAAAAUGAUAUAUUCAGAGCUCGCAUUAGUUGGUGCCUCUUUGGUAAGUUCUACACAGUUAUUUACGUGGAUCUGAAUUGGUCGGUUUGUUGUUGGUGACAUCCAGACUUGAGAUGAUAGAUCCUCAUCUUCCUGAUGCUGAAAAUGAAAAUGAAAGAUACUGUAUUCCCCCUGUAUUACUGGGCAUUCUGCUGAAUAAAACUUCAGCAGCAAUUGAAAUUGCUUUUUGCGGGAAUUCUUGUUCAUAUUAGUGGAAUUUUUUGGGGGGAUCCUGUCAUCAAGUGACUCUGAGAUUAUAACACAGGCAUAAUCUCAGUAGAUUGUUUUAUGAUCCAGAGAUUCUCGCGGCAACAAACACUGGUUCGGAUGGAGAGAGGCAAGAGUUAUUUGUUCUUGUUUAAUGGUAGUUUAUUUUUGAGGAAUAUUAUUUGUUGAACUUGGAAAAAAUAUAAACCUGUAAUAUACUUAAAUGCUGACUGAACAAAGCACGAGCAGCUUUGUCUUAUAGAUUUUCCGACUUUGGUA